AUGCCACCUCCCACAGCAUCUGACCUAUGGCUCACCUCGCGUCGCUUUGGGUUGGUGAUAGAUGCCGGCUCAUCGGGAUCUCGGCUGCAGAUAUAUAGCUGGAAAGAUGCUCGUUCUGUCAGGCAAACCCUAGACCUCGAAGCCCUGGACAGGUUACCGCAGGUCGAGAAAGGUGUACCUUCUGGUGAUGAUUGGCUUCAUAAAGUCGAGCCGGGUAUCUCUUCAUUUGCGCAGAACCCAAUGGGUAUUCCAGAAUAUCUUGCGCCACUCCUUGAGCACGCAAAGGACACGGUGCCCCCAUCCUUACACCGAGAAACUCCGAUAUUCCUCCUUGCAACGGCUGGAAUGCGACUUCUCCCCAAAGACCAGCAGAAUAGCAUAAUCGAAGCCACGUGUAUGUUCUUCCGAGCCAAUUCCAGCUUCCGACUUGAGGCGCCGUCGAUAAUCGGACCAUGUGGAUCAAGCGUGCGAAUUAUUAGUGGAGAGGAGGAGGGUAUAUUUGGCUGGAUUUCUGUCAAUUACUUGAUGGACGGCUUCACUGGACAUGACCAACAUCAUCGUGGAACAUAUGGUUUCCUUGACAUGGGCGGGGCAUCAACUCAGAUUGCGUUCGAGCCAGGCCCCUCGGAGCGUGAAUCAAUGUCUCAUACGACUGCAGACACUUUGAUUGACGUCCGGUUGCGCUUGUUGAGUGGAGAAGAAAUCGAGCAUCCCGUGUUCGUCACAACUUGGCUAGGAUACGGGACGAAUCAAGCUCGCGAACGAUACAUCGGGUCACAAGUGAAGAACUGGUUAUCGUCCGGACAUGGAUCCACAAAUUCCAUUCCAGAUCCAUGUCUUCCUAAACAACUCAAUAUCCCCCUGUCACCUCAAGCCAUUCCGGGGACAGAUGCGAAGGCCGGGGAGUCCCAUGAAUUGAUUGGGACGGGCUCGUUCGAACAAUGCUUGGUGCAGACCGCUCCGCUACUGAACAACGAUCGUCCAUGUCCUGAUGUGUCAUGCCUUUUCAAUGGUGUCCCAGCUCCGCGCAUUGAUUUCUCGCUCUCUAAAUUCAUCGGCGUUUCGGAAUACUGGUACUCGUCCGAGCACGUUUUCGGACUUGGUGGAGCAUAUGACGUUGUUCAGUAUGAGCGCGCUGCUAUCGAAUUCUGUUCGCGGGAAUGGUCGGAUAUCGUUCAAGAGCACAAGGAGACACAUUUUGACGAGUUUGGGAAGCCAAUUCCACCUGGUACAUGGGGUAAGGAAGUUGGUCUGAAUCGUCUACAGCUGCAAUGCUUCAAGGCAGCUUGGGUCGUUAAUGUCCUCCAUCAGGGGAUUGGACUUCCCCGGAUUGUUGACUCUGGGGGCAAUCAAACCACGGGAGAGGCUGGUUCGGCUGAUGAGAAAGCCAAGGCAAAAGGGCUUGGACCGAACCUCGUCGGCCCAGCCACUUUCCAGAGUGUCGACACUAUUGGCGACACGGCGGUAAGCUGGACACUUGGGAAGAUGGUGCUGGAAGCAAGUAAAGAGGUACCACCUAUCAGCUUGAAAACUCCCCCCCUCCUUGACCCCAACCCAAAUCGACACCCAUCUUGGUCGGAAUCGCAUGGCGGUAUCGGCAGAUCGUCGACGAUUCACUUCCAUUUGAUGUCUCCAACGUUGUAUCCCGUCUACAUGGUUUUGAUGAUCAUGUGUAUUUUCCUCGUUCACAUCCUCCGCCGAAGAAUCCUGCCGAACCUUGUUUUGCCAUUGCGUUCUAGACGUCGCCACAGCGGUCCCACUUAUGAAUACUUGAAUAUGGAAGAAGGGGGUGGCAGUAACUUAUCAUCUUCCUCCUCGCCGCCCAGUUCUCCCACUUCUACCGCUUUCGUUCCAAAGUCCUCUGGCAUCUUGAAAUCUGUUCGCCGGAUUUUUCGCUUCUUGACCAAACCGAUUCGUCGACAGUUGGAAUACAGUCGUACUCUGUAUCGGAACAAGCCAAUACGCUCGAGCGCUGGCAAGAAUCUCAUGACUCAACCGCCACUUAACCAGGCUCGCUCUAUACCCACGGGAUUUUCGGCCAUGACCUCAAAUCGAAUGCAUCAUCCUCCAAAUCUUAGGUCCUUCAGUUAUGACACUGCCGUCGCACCACCACCGAGACCGAAAAGACAACUAUCCGGUUCGAUUCUUCCUUCACUUAUCUCUCGUGGCCCCACCACAUCACCUUCCAUGUCACAACGAAGUAGCUUCAGCGGUUCACGACCACCAUCGAUACGUAUCCCAAGCUCGAGACCUCCUUCCGAGCCGGGUAACGACAGCGACUCGGAUCCCAGCGGACAGGAGCUUGAAUUUGAUUAUACAUACGAUGAUGAUUAUCGGACUAAUAUGAACCUGGCCACUCGACCGGGUCCGCCAGUUAGCCCGAGCGGGAGGUUGGCGGCUCUUGGGGUGUUGCAUAGUCUAGGUUCAAGAAAUUCAUCUCAGGUCAACCUCACUUCUGCAGUUCCCCGGGCGAUGAACGUUUCACGAUUGGAAUAUUAUGAUCAUUAG